AUGACGAACAACGAAUCUGGAAAAGAUAUGAUGAAACCCUUUGAGAAAUUGGACAAGUUUUCUGGGCAGGACAUUCGUCGCUGGCAGAAAAUGAUGCACUUCUAUUUGACGAAUUUGAAACUGGUGUAUGUUUUGAGUACCCCAUGCCUUGAGGCCGUUGAGAAUGAAACCCUGGAACAAACCCGCGCUCGUUCAAAGUGGGAAAACUCUGACUACAUCUGUCAUGGUCAUAUUCUUAACGAUACUAGGCCUGUCAUGGAACAAUAUCAUGAAUUGCAAAGGAUGCUAGGACAGUUGGCACUAUAUGGUAUGAAAAUGGAUGAAUCUAUUUCUUCCAUACGUGAUAUGGAAAAGGCAUCUGUUGGUGGUACUAAAACCAUGGUUGGUUCUUCUGUGAACAUGAUGGAGGAGGGUGAAACCUUCAAGGCUGGUAAAGGGAAACGGAAAUCUCAAGGCAAUAACAACAAAGGUUCUGAUAAGAAACCAAAAUUGGCCUGUUGGAAGUGUGGGAAACCUGGACACUUGAAGCGUGAAUGCAGGUCUGGUAAGGGUAAAGGAAAAGGCAAAAACGAUGCUGGUACAAGUAGAUCCAAGGAUCCGGAAAACCAAGCGGUUUCGUUUUUGGUACCAUGUGAUCAUUCUAUUGAGACUUAUUAUGUAUCAAUAAUCUCUGAAGCAUUUUAUGUGCAGGAUGAUGACACUUCAUGGUAG